AUGACAAAUUCUGAAAAAGCCGAUGAUAAUUCUGUUAUUGUCUUGCUCAAUAUUCGUGAAUAUUUAACUUUUUUCAAUUGCAAGAAUCCCCCUUUUGACGUGGUUAUUCAGAAACCAAAUGGUAGCUUCAGCCAUUUUGGCACUGGCCCAUUGUGGCAAUCGUGGCUGGCUAAAAAGCUCAACUUCACUUAUUCCUACCGAUAUUUGAUUUCAAACAAAACGAUGAUCGAGAAAUAUGGCGAAUCGACUAUCGAGCUGUGUCUUCGUCUAGUGGCAGAUAAUGAAGCUGAUGCAUGUGGCAAUGGGAUAAUCGCUACCCCGGAAAGAAAAAAGAAUUUGGAUUUUUCUUAUUUCGUUUGGACAGAACCGUACUCCAUGGUGGUACCUCAACCCGAGGAGGAGCCGCGACUCUUUGCUUUCGUUCGGCCAUUUCAGCCACCAGUCUGGCUACUCCUUUUUAUAACCAUAAUCGCAGUGGUGUUUUCAAUGAGUCUGUUUUCAAAAAUUUCCAUCUCCACCUUGAAAAAUAAUUCCCAUGGAGGGUUGAAAUUCAGUAAGCAAUCGACAACAUUGUUCAACUUCGCCAGCUCUUACUUGGUGUAUGUUAUAAACAUAAUAACAAAUCAAGGUGGUAACAUUCCUGUAAUCCGUUUUUCGUUCCGGAUUCUUGUCGGAGGUUGGCUGUUGGUGGCUACGGUUUUAGUCAAUAGUUAUUCUGGUACUGUCGUUUCAUACCUAACCGUCCCUAAAAUGAAACCGCCCAUCAACACAUUUGAAGACUUGGCCAAUAGCAAAGAUGUUGGAAUCUUAAUCAAAGAAGAUGUUGUCAUCGGCUUACAAAUAUUGGCAGCUCAAUCAGGAGUUCUUAAAACUCUAGCGGAUCAAGCUCGACGUAAUCCAGAUCAGAUUUUUAAAGAUCAAUCGAAAAUCGACGUUCGUUUAGCUAGUGGGCAUUACGCUUAUGCUUUUCUUCAAACGUACUGCAAAUUUUUCAUCGCUAACCAAUUGAAAAAGGAUGGCAUCUGCCGAUUCAAAAUGACGGACCCCCUAUCGUUUGGCAAUGGAUUCUGGUCAAUCGCCUUUCGAAAAGACAGCAAGAUCACGGCGAAUAUAAAUGACGCAGUAAUGCUGCUCUGGGAAAGUGGUCUACUUCCGUUCUGGGUGAAAAGUAUUACUCCGCGAGCGCCGAAAUGUUUCUCCAAAACCAAUCCACGUUCGGUGAUGACCAGCCAAGAUCAAAUUUUACUUAAGGACUUGAUCAGCGCAUUUUUUAUUUUGGGUAUCGGCCUUGGCCUGGCAACCUUUGCCUUCCUUGUCGAGAAAAUAAUUUACUUUCGAUUCCGUCGGACUUCAUUGGUCAUUUUGUAGCGGCGAAAAAAAAACAGCUUACUAUUAAUCGAAAAAAUAGGACGUAGUUACGUGUGUUUGUUGUAUCACGUAUAGUUAAUUGAAUUGUUUACUCUUCAUGUAAAGUUAUAUAUAGCCUCGGUGAGUGUAUGUAUCACAUGAUGAGAUCAUGCACUCCUGAAUUUAAAAAAAAAAAAAAAAACAAAUGCGAACAAACGUUAAAAAAGAAGCCUUUGAUGUACGAUUUAUGAUUCAGUCUUAAU